CCUCAUCGCCGGCGCGCCGUACGCCUGCGCACUGCUUUCCCAUGUGUGCUCUGGCUGACUGCCGGCCCGGCUAAACAGUUGAAAGAACCCCCCCCUUGACGAUAAGACUCUGUCAGCAGCUCAGCAGCCUUCACCGCCUGCUGUUGCCCUCCUCUUUCCUUCCGUCCCCACAGCGCACGUCACCAUGGGUAAGAGCCGGACGAAGCGCUUCAAGCGACCUCAGUUCUCCCCUACGGGCGAAUGUCAGGUCGAGGCUGCUACGGCGGCGAAUGGAACUGGAGGCGAGGAGGACGACGGGCCGGCGGCGGAGCUGCUUGAAAAGCUCCAACACCCGAGCGCCGAGGUCCGCGAGUGCGCCUGCGCGGGGCUGGCCCGGCUGGUGCAGCAGAGGCCGGUGCUCCCGGACCUGGCGCGCCGCGACGCCGUGCGCCGGCUCGGGCCGCUGCUGCUCGACCCCAGCCUGGCCGUCAGGGAGACCGCAGCCGGCGCGCUGAGAAAUCUCAGUGCUUGUGGAGGCUUUGAAAUUUGUGAUGACAUGGUGACUAAGGAUAUCAUGACCCCGCUGGUUGCAUUGCUGAAAGAGUGUGGUGCUGGACUGGAUUCAAGUGGGAUGUCUCCACAGGACAAAAAAGAUCAGAACAGAAACUCUAUUGAGAACAUAGCCAAUGAGGCUGUGAACGUGCUAUGGAAUAUAUGUGAAUGCAGUAGUAGAGCAGUAUCUAUAUUCAACAAAGAAGGGUGUUUGGAGAUGGUAUUAAAGUAUUUAAGUAGGUUUUCCACCAAUGUUGACCUGGCUAUUUCAGUAGCAUAUUGUUUGCAGACAGUGACUGAAGAUAACCCAGAGCUGCUGACGUCUUUCAGUGCUGCAUCACUGUGUGUGCUGGAGUCAGCAAUGCUUUCUCCUGUCAGCUCCAUGGAGCACCUUCUGUUGAAAACAUUGGUGGCAGGCACAAUUUGGAAUCUAAAGGAUGUUAUUCCAUGCAAGAGUCAAGCCGAAAUCAUAAAUGCCAUACUAAAGAUCUUCUCUGAAGUUUUGGAAAUGGAUUCUGGCCAAAUAGUUAUCCAAAUGAAGGAGGCUGAAACUCAAAGGUUAAAAACUCUUACAGAGACUGAGGAAAUAAUACAGAAUGGUAAUGGUGAUGGUUUGAUUGAAGAUGAUGAGAUGGAAGAAAUUCCUCAUAAAAGAAAAGUCAGAAGGAAAACUUUUGUUUCAGAUUUACUUCCACCCACUGACAAGGAACUGAGAGAGACCAUAGCCCUGCUGGCGGCUCAGCAGACUGCUCUGGAAGUCAUCGUGAACAUGUGCUGCAGUGAAGAUCCCUCCGAUGAUGAAUGGGAAGAGCUUUCUAGCAGCGAUGAGAGUGAUAUGUUUAUGGAGAAUUCCUUCAGUGAGUGUGGUGGGCAGCUGCUUUCUCCCCUCUGCCUCUCCCAUGAGAUUCACACUGCGCUCACCAACUACCUCAUCCCAAAGAAGAUUUUUGAGAAAACUGCCUUUCCAAACAGCACUGCAGUUGACCUGUGUUCUAGCAACCCUACUUGGAAACCCUUGAUUAAAAAGAUGAACACAGUGCAAUGUCGAGCCCUCGUGUGUCUCCAGACUCUUGUGUCCCUCCUGGAUGUGGACCACCUCGGGGGAGUCUCAGUCCUUCAGACACUUGCACAGCACCUGUCACAGCUUCUUUUUUCCCAACCAGAUUUUGCUAAACAUGCUGACUUUCUAGAAGCCAUAAGUAGUGCCUUGAGGGCUCUUUUGCAAACAAUGGCUUCCAAGAACAUUUCUCAGUGCCUGACUCCUGAUCAGCUGAUGACACUGUGCAAAGCCGGCAUUCAUAGUAGUAAUGUUGGGGUUCGAAUGAACGUUGUUAGCAUUUUAGGGAUCACUGGCAGCAUCUUAGCCAAAGAAGAUGGUACACUUGACACUCUGAAGGACAUUGGAUGCUUUCUGCUGGAGGUCGCCACCAAAGAUCCUUCCCUUGUAGUAGCAGGAGAAGCUUUGGAUGCCCUAUUUGAUGUUUUUGCAGAUGGUAAAGAAGCUGAAAGAGCUUCAGUUCAAAUUAAAUUAUUAUCUACUCUGAAAGAAUUCCAGCCAGUCUUCAAAAUGAAGGUUUGUAGCAGUUCUGUUUGUACAUUUAUACGUAAAGAAGGGCGAGGUAAAUACAGUACUGAUCAGCUGUGCGUUCUUGACAACGUGAAGAUGAAUUUGAGGAGGUUUGUUGCUUAUCAAGAAACUGUGGAGAAAAGGCUGACUUCUUGAACCAGUGAAAGAGAAAUCAGUUCUUCCCUGACAUGUUUGAUGCUAAGAAUAUGGAAGGAUGUCCUUUGACUGUA